GAGUACAUAAAAUACCUGGGUUUGAGUGUUAUAUACUCUGCUGAAAAGGUUGUUGAAGAAUAUACACCAUGUCUGCUUCUGCGCUUCAAGUUGCUACGUGUGCUGUGUUGCUCACAGGGGUUUGGGGACUACCAUUUGUCUCCGAGGAAGAAGCCAAUGAGUUCUUAGGACUUAGGAGACAAGCACUUUUUUCAGACUAUUGGGACCCAGCUAGCCCCCAGAAUGGCUGGGCAGAAAAGGCCAGCGAAUACUGGACAUCGCUGAAGACAUCAGCACAGUACUACAUGGAUUUGGGAUCUGUCGCAUUUGAUACCGAUACAGCCAGGGACCACAUUAACUCUUACAUGGAUCUGUUACGGGAAUCGGGAGCGCAUCUUCAGCAGCAGAAACGUAAACGCCAUGUUGUUAUACCUGAACCAGACUGGGACCCUUAUUGUGCAUAAAGUCCAUUGCUUAUGCCAACUUGACUGUCAACACCUCAGAUGAACUGUACUAUCCAAUGGAAAUUCUUUUCACAGGGACCAAAUUAACUCUCUCAUGGAUGCGUUGUGGCAAUCAGGAGCCAAUCUUCAGCAGAGGAGAAGUAAACACCACAUUGUUAUAGUGGAACCAGACAUUGAUCCGAUUCCUCCAUUCAGAUUUUAGUCCAUUGCUUUUGUCAACUUGACUCUAAACUUUAAGAUCAACACCUCAGACGAAUUGUACUAUCUAAUGGAUAUUCGGCAUCCUUUGAGUCGACAGAAACAUCUUCAGAAAGACUUGGAUUAAAACAGCAUAGGCAAACUCAACCCUCCAGAUGUUUUUUGACCUACAACUCCCAUGAUUCCUAGCUAGCAGGACCAGUGGUCAGGGAUGAUGGGAAUUGUAGUCCCAAAGAUCUGGAGGGCUGAGUUUGCUUAUGCCUGGAUUAAAUAACAAGAGCAGAAUCCAUCAGGAAGCCAUCCAUCUUUCUCAGAAGUAUAGGAAGUGCUCAAGAGGUGCCUAUUCAUAUAUAAUAAUAAUAAUAAUAAUAAUAAUAAUAAUAUA